ACGGCCGAGGGCUUGUUCUAGUUUAUUUGUCAGAGCUCAAGAAAAGCAGGAUGGACGAGGUAAGUAACCCAUCAAACAGGAAAAGGCCCCACGCAGUGGCAAUAGCACUGCCAGUUCAAGGCCACAUUAAUCCGAUGAUGCAACUGGCCACCAAGAUGGCUUCCAGGGGGUGUAUCGUCACUCUUGUGAACCUGCAAAGCAACCACAGGAGAUUGGUAGAAGCUUCAGAUCCAGUGAAGAACAUCCGCUUCGAGUCUGUUCCAGAUAGAGUGCCAGUCGAUGUUGCGAGCAUGGCAAUUUUCGGGUCCACAGAGAACAGGAAAACUUUCCGGAAAGCUUACGAGGCCAUGGAAGAGGAUGUGAUGGAGCUGCUCCAAAACAAGCUCUUGCAGAGCGACUGUCCGGUUUCAUUUAUUAUCGGUGAUGUCUACCUCAACUGGGUUGUCCGGGUCGCAGACGCAGUCGGGCUACCAAGACUCUUGUUCUCCACAACCUGUGCUUCGUCUCUCCUGGUGGAUCACUGGAUUCCUCGGCUCUUGGAAACCGGAGAAAUACCCAUUGAAACAGGGAUGGACAAAGAGGUUCUAGCCAAUCUACCUGGAAUGCCUCGGCCACUUCGAAAAGCCGACUUGCCAUUCUACUUCACCAGCAGGCUGUCCACGCCGGACUCGUUCUCACGCAGGUAUGCCAAAGCCAAGUCUCUACGUGACUGCGACGGCAUUCUCAUCAACUCGGCAGACUUUCUCGAGCCCGGAGCUUUCAAGGCCCUCCAGUCGGAGGUGAACUCCAACACGAUCGGCGUGGGGCCGCUGCUUGACACGGCCGGGAAGUCCACCACAAACGCAGCUUGGGUGGCGGACGCAAAGUGUCUCGACUGGCUCAACGGCAGGGAAGAGAAGUCCGUCCUCUACGUCUCGUUUGGAAGCCUGGCGACGCUGCCGUGCGAACAGGUGUUGGAGAUGGCCGAGGGGAUCAAGCAGUGCGGCUACUCGGUCUUGUGGGUUCUCCGGCCAAAUCUCCUCGGCUCCACCGGGGAGGACUCCCAGGAAUCGCUCAAGACGGUGCUGGAAGAGAUCGAGGCGUCCGGGAAGGCGUGCCUGGUGGAUUGGGCUCCCCAGCUCCAAGUCUUGGCUCACGCUGCGGUGGGGGGUUUCUUGAGUCACUGUGGAUGGAACUCGGUGCUCGAGGCUGUGUGGUUUGGGAUUCCAGUGCUGGCGUGGCCCCAGAUUGUGGAGCAGAGCUUGGUUGCCAGGAUUGCUUGCGGGGAGUGGAAAGUUGGGAUGAGAGUGCCGGUGCUGGAGGGUGGUGGUGGUGUCAUUGACAGGACAAGGAUCUCGCAGUGUAUCGAUGGGUUUAUGAUGGAGGGAGAACUUGGAAGGAACUGCCGGGCUCUACAGAUGGUAGUAAAGGCAUCGGAUGGCCUGCCUUGUUUAAACUCGUUCUUUUAUUUUGUUUAAUUUGUCUCAAACUUAUUUAGAAAAGAAAAUUCGAAAAAACAAAGAAAAAAUCUUAACUACUUUUAACAA